AUGGGUCUUUCCGAGAGUAAAGUGAUAGCCGAGACUUUGUCUAGCGCUUGCCGCGACGCUGAGAAUUCUGAGAUGACCGAUGUCGCCAUUGAUCUUUCCGACACUAAGUUCCUCGAUUCCCUUCGGAAGGUUUGGGCACAUGUCCCAGAUGAAACCAGAAAGCACAUCAACAUACGACCAGAGACAACAAGCUCCAAGCAGAAGAAACGCUCCCAGCAAAAGAAACGCUCCCAGCAGAAGAAACGCCUCCAGCAGAAAGAACGCUCUAAGCAGACGCAAGAGGCAUUUCAAGGGCCGAAGAUAACGGUUCCAGAGAGUCUGACGUCCAUGAUAAACCGUUGGAGUAGCAGGCCAAUGUCGUUCUUUCGAGAGGAAGAUAAAAACAUCGAGCUAGAUCUCGAAAGUUCGCCGAUUGCUAACGCGUAUAAAUACCUUCAGCAGCUGGACACACGGAAAGAUGUCGAUAUCAUUCGCGAGCGCCUAUUGAUGAUCGUCUUUCACCGGUUGAAGCAGAGACUUGGUCUACAUUACAUGCGCUCAGACGAUGUUAACUAUGUGGUGAGGAUUGUACGGAGUUCUAAAUUGAUUGGAAGUGACACGAACCGCAUUGAAGGUAACUUUGUUAAGUGGGCAGAUCAAGGAGAGAGGAUAGACGUAUUAUGUCGAAGUAUUGGGAAUCCUUCAGAAGGGGACAACACACACCUCGGCAACCUAUUCUGUUUCCCGGUGGAAUGGCAUAAUGAUUUCAUAACACAUUCAGUGAAGAAAACAGAACCAGUUUGUGAACAAGAUGUUAAGAUGAUCAGGGACCGCGGCAUAUUGAAAGUGCAGGACAAGGCGAGGCUGGAUAAACUUGCAGCCGAUAUCUUUCGUGAUCUGUGGAAUCCGAUUGAAGAAUGGCUGAAAAAUGACCUCACCCAAUCACCGGAAACAGGUUCAAGACAAGGAAUAUAUCCACAUAACAUGGGCGUUUUCCGAAUAGAACCACAGCCCCUAAGAGAUGCAACAGCAAAUAAGGGAUCCUUACAAGAAUCCGACGCAAGUGAGAAUAAUAUGUUUAUCAAUUUCCAAUCACCUCUCCACACAUCCAAUCACUCUGCAGCGACCAUUCGCCGUGAUCUGCCACCGACCAUCGCCCCGCUACAAGUGUCACAUAGCCGUCCAUUCGACAAUAGUAUUACCCCUAUGGACGGAAUUGAACCUCAUAACGGACAAAUAUUAUCUGAUAUGAGGAAUCUCGCUGACCUGCACGGUAUACUCCAACCAAUCUUGCCGGUGCAAGAUCGGGAUUCUGUUCACGGACAAGUCCCAAUCAGCAUGGCCAAUACCGACGUCCACGACAUGAUCCUACCAAUCAUUCCGUCUUACGGCUUCGCCUCGUCGAAUGGGCAAACCAUAAGUGAUAUGGGAAUGGCCCCUGGACUGCCCACAAUCAGCAUGGCCAGUACCGACGUCCACGACAUGAUCCUACCAAUCAUUCCGUCUUACGGCUUCGCCUCGUCGAAUGGGCAAACCAUAAGUGAUAUGGGAAUGGCCCCUGGACAGCCCCCAAUCAGCAUGGCCAAUACCGACGUCCACGACAUGAUCCUACCAAUCAUUCCGUCUUACGGCUUCGCCUCGUCGAAUGGGCAAACCAUAAGUGAUAUGGGAAUGGCCCCUGGACAGCCCCCAAUCAGCAUGGCCAGUACCGACGUCCACGACAUGAUCCUGCCAAUCAUUCCGUCUUACGGCUUCGCCUCGUCGAAUGGGCAAACCAUAAGUGAUAUGGGAAUGGCCCCUGGACAGCCCCCAAUCAGCAUGGCCAGUACCGACGUCCACGACAUGAUCCUGCCAAUCAUUCCGUCUUACGGCUUCGCCUCGUCGAAUGGGCAAACCAUAAGUGAUAUGGGAAUGGCCCCUGGACAGCCCCCAAUCAGCAUGGCCAAUGCCGACGUCCACGACAUGAUCCUGCCAAUCAUUCCGUCUUGUGCCUCUACGCCUUCAAGUGAACAAAUCAGGAACCAUGUAGAAAUGGCUAAAUUGCGCUAUACAAUUCAGUACACACCACAUAUGCGAACAGGGUCAGCUGGUAGCCAGGUGCCGACAAGGGAUUGCUCCCAUGUGCCAACGACCGAUUCUCAAUCCAUAUAUGUCCAGGAUCAUUCAAACAGCCCAUUCUCCCAACCCGUCUUCGCCUAG